UCGUAGCCGGCUAGUGGAUAGCGAAAAAGCGAAAAACGUGGUGAAAAACGCAACGCGAAAACAGAAGUAUCGAGCAAGAAGUGUUCGUUGCGGUCAAGUUGACGUUUGUCUUGAUAUAUCGUAACAACUUCACGGCGAUACCUUCUGCAUUGCCGAAGAGAGACUCACCAUGAGCGGAGAAGGGCCCAGGAACCCGAGCAAUCUCCCAGGAUUGUUAAAUUUCUGCGUUCAACAUACGCGGUCUGAAGAUGCGUCGAAUGAAUCUCCGUCAGAGAUGGAUCCUGAAAGGCGUAAAUGGUUGGCGGAGGCCCUUGAGGACAUGUCUAUUUCGCCAGUUGAAGAAAUGCGCAAAAACCUCUCAAUUAUACAAGACACACUCAAAAAUCUGGAUGAUGGACCUGGCGAAAUCACGGAGGAUGCGUGCGGGACGCUGGUGACCGCUAUGGAAAACAUCAUUGAUUUCGCCGGCUCUGUGGACUAUGCCAGAGAUUUCCACAAGAUCGGAGGGUACACAGUUCUGGACCGAUUGCUUGGAUUCCCCAGUCCCGCCGUGUGCACCACGACAUGCGAAUUGAUGGCAGAACUGGUGCAGAACAACCCGUACUGUCAGAGAGAAGCCGCACCGCAUCUCAAGAAACUGCUUUCCCUUGUGGAUAACGCGAGCGAUGACGCCUCUAGAGUCAAGGCCCUCUAUGCCAUUUCGUGCUUGGUACGGCACAAUCCUCCGGGUUACGAGCUCUUUGAGCAGCUGGACGGCUUUUCGGUGCUCCUGCGCACCCUCCAGUCGGACGUGACCAAACUGAAAGUGAAGGCUUGCUUCCUCAUCAAUUCACUCUGCUCUCAGCAACCCAAGAGUAGAGACUCUUUGCUGAAGAUGGGGUUCAUAGAGCUGCUAGCGGGCAUCCUGCAACAAGAACGAGAAGGGCCACAUCACGAGUACCUCCUGGCAACCCUGGCCACCCUGUGCACGGAAAGCCCAGCUGCCAGGACGGAACUGGCCCGUCCCCAGCUGGGCAUGGAGGCCGUCCUGCGCGAGCUCGUCUUGUCACUGGAAGGCCGUGACGACUUGAGGGAAGUGAGACAGCACUGCUCUACCAUUUUGGACUCUUGCUUCAAGGAGGGAGCUAUAGCGGACAGAUAAUGCAGUCCUUCGGAGGAGAUGAAUUAUUGUCAGAUUUUGUUACAUGUGGUUGUUGUUCUUGUACGUCUCGCAAUGAUGCACGUUAGAAAAAAACAUCUCAGUGGUGUACGUGUGCUCUGGAGCUCUUUGUGAUGCUUAAAAUGUCGCAGAUA